GUUUCCUGUUCACGUGACGUCAGUCCUAAGAACCGUAUCGGCGGGAAGUUCAGUCCGUCUGCCUCAGUUUACUAAGAAGGGAAGCGCACGCUGUUUGUUGAAAAUCGCACUAAAACUCAGUCAAAAUGCCUUCAGAAAAGGAAGAAGUUCAAACUGCCACAGAGACUACAGAAACCCCAGAAAUUAAAACUAAAACAGUUGAAGAUGUAAAAAGAGCAGUUGAGGAGGCAGAAAAGGCACAAGACGCAACAGAAGAAACCAAAGAAGAGAAAUCGGAAGAAAAAGCUGAAGAAAAUGGAAGCAGUCAAAAGAAGGAAGAAGAAAAUGUCAACCAAAAUGCAACAGAAUCCACAGAAUCAGAAAAAAGAACGUUAGAGGAUGAAGAAGCUGAAAAUGAGGAGUCAAGCCCAACCAAAAAAGUCAAAAGUUCUGAAGAAAACACAGAAUCUACAGAAAAAACAGAAAAGUCAAAUGACUCUUGAAGACAUUAGUCAAUAUGGAUGUUGUCAUAUCACUUUUACACUUGUUCAUCUCAUUUUUGUUGAGAAAAGUUCAUCUCGUAUUUAAGUAAUCACGAGCAGCCAAAUUUUGUCAUGUUGAGUGUUACUUUUAGUAUAUUUGUGGAAUAAAUGUCGUCUAAAUCGUUA